AUUUAUCACGUCACGUGUCAUGUCAAUAUGAAAAAGUUUUAGUAGUUUUUUAAACUACCACUUUUGUAUAUCUAUGAAUGUAGCCGUAAGCAUUUGAACUAGUUGAGAUUUUUAUAAACAUUUUUGAAAGUAAUGGAUGAUAUUGAAUUUGCACAUCGAGCACGCAAAAGAAUAAAGGAAGUCAAGAAAAAAGCCAGACCAGAACUCAAUACUAAAGAAUCUUGGAAGCAACAAGGAUAUAGUUCAGAUUUCGAGAGAUUCAAAGACUUUGUAGAUAACUGUGAAAGAAUUGACCAGACAAAAACUUCACAAAGAGAAUUCAUUUCGAAAUACGAACUUCCUUACCAACCCGUAGUUAUUACAGGGUGCCAAUCAGGCUGGAAAGCCAACGAAAAAUGGAACUUGGAAAAGUUGGCCAGAAAAUAUCGAAACCAAAAAUUCAAAUGUGGCGAAGAUAACGAAGGCUAUAGCGUCAAAAUGAAAAUGAAGUAUUAUAUUCACUAUAUGGUCAACACAAAAGAUGAUAGUCCAUUAUAUAUUUUCGACAGCAACUUUGGAGAGCAUCGUCGAAGAAAAAAGUUGUUACAAGACUAUGAAGUUCCCUAUUAUUUCAGGGAUGAUUUAUUAAAAUACUCAGGAGAGAACAAAAGACCGCCAUACAGAUGGUUUGUUAUGGGACCAGCUAGAUCUGGAACAGGUAUCCAUAUCGAUCCACUUGGUACUAGUGCCUGGAAUGCCCUUGUAGUGGGUCAUAAAAGAUGGUGCUUGUUUCCUACACAUACUCCAAAAGAAAUACUGAAGGUGAGUGUUCCUCUAGGAGGAAAACAACGAGAUGAAGCAAUAACAUGGUUCAAUGUUAUCUACCCGAAAACCAAAAAGCCAAAUUGGCCUGUCAAUUGUAGACCAAUUGAAAUUCUCCAAAAACCUGGCGAGACUGUAUUUGUACCUGGCGGUUGGUGGCAUGUAGUCCUCAACCUGGAUACCACCAUAGCAGUCACUCAAAAUUUCUGUAGUCGAACAAAUUUUCCUGUAGUGUGGCAUAAAACUGCAAGAGGAAGACCAAAACUGUCCAGGAAAUGGUUGAAAGCUUUAAGGGAAAAAGAACCAAAUUUAGCUGCCUUGGCAGAUAGGAUAAUUCUAGAUAAACCUUCUGGAGUUGCCUCCGAUAGCUCAAGUAACUCUUCUUCCAGUUCCAGUUCAGAUUCUGACCAUAGUUCUGAUUCUGAUGAUGACGACAGUGGCCAGGAAUCAAUUUCAGCCAAAAAGAAAAAGAGGAAGUCUGAUGUUGAUCAUGAGAAUAAUGUUAAAGCCAAGCCAAAAUUGAGCAAUAUGCCAUCGCCUUCUCGGACAAACAAUAAUGGAGCUUCCAUAUCACCUUUCAAAACAGGGAAUAAUAUAACUGAGUGAUAUCUUCUAUUGAGAAUUAGUGCUUGUAAUAUGCCUUGUACCACUAAGAUUGACAGAUCAUUUGAAUCAGUCGUAUUUUCAUAUUUUUGAACAAUGAUACAGCAUAAGCUGAGAUAACCAAUAGGUAUUAUUUUGUACGUGUAAAGUUUAUUUAAAUAGAAUUAAAUGAAAUUGUUGAGAUAGUGA